AGCUUGACUGAGACCCGUUGCUUUUUUUGGUUCCUCUGGCUGCAUUCAUCUGCACGGCUCGCCACCCAUGUGGAGAUUAGGCCCCGUGUGAACCUGCAUUUGCCAUGUGCAUACCUACUCACAUGCGUAUCCAUCCAUCUACUACUGUGUGUUAUUACAUCUCGUAUUCUGGCUAAAGGUCGGCAUGCCUGCUAG